AUAAAUAAUUUUAAAAAAUAAUAAUAAAACAAUUAUUAGUGUAUAUGAUUUUCUAGGGAAUAUGUGGGAAUAUUUAUGACAGAUUCUGUUUAAUAUGGUUCCUAGAUGGCGAAAAAGGCGAUUGCGUUGUGUUGUAUUCUGUACAUAUGUACAUUUUAGUGGGGUAUUGGUGUAUUGAAAUUGUGUUUGUGUCGGUGUCCGUCAUGACUCAGAAUUCAUGGUCGCCUCGCGUUUCGUAAUUAUAAUUUCCCUCCACUUCAUAAAAAUGAAAUUGUAGUUUCAAAGAACCCUAAUAUCCAGUGGUUCCUGGCAACGCUCAUCUAUCAGGAUGGGUUUCAGAGUUGUAAUAAAAAUUCUUUUCGCUGAAUUCCCAUCCGUUCUAUUUGUCAAGUACACUGUGCGCGCUUAGUGCCGUUUGGAUCUCCUGUCUUUGAAAUCCCCCUUGUCCAUAUAUAUAUAUAUUUCUGCAAAAUUCUAUCAGGUAUUCAUUUAGGAAAUUAAAGUAAACACAAUGGAUCAAUCAAGGAAUAGACCUAGUAGACCCCGCCUACGUGCACAUAAUAAUCCAGCACGAGUACUUGUUUUUGAUCAAGUUGAACCAGAAGAUGCUACCCCAAAGACAGAAAUAGAGGCUACUCGACGACCUUUGCCACCAAAGGUCGAAAGCAAAGAAGCCCCUGUUCGUCCAGUUAGUGGAGAAAUAUCGAAUUUGUUGCGAAUGAGAAAUUCUAUGAUUGGAAAAUCUGCACCCUCACUAUCUGUUCACAUGCGUGAUUUUAAUAUUCCUCGACGCAUAGUAAAGGCAGCUCAUCGAAAGUCUUUUAUUUCAACAACUUCUCCUACUUUACCACGAUGCAAUUCACCAUUAUCAGCAUUCGUUCCGAUUGUAGGCAGUCCUUUAGAGAGUCCUAGGAUGUCAUCCAGUCCACAUUUUGCUUUUGCUCCAAUAAAAAGAAUUGGAGGUGCGGCUUCAGGCUCAGCAGAUGGAAGACGAUGGUCUGUGGCAAGUUUACCAUCGAGUGGAUAUGGAACAACUCCUGGUUCUAGCAAUGUUUCGUCACAGUGUUCUAGUCAAGAACGCCUACACCAAUUACCAAAUAUACCAACGAAGGAUGAAUUGCGAAUGCUUUCAUGUCAUUUUUCAAAACCUGGAACACCGUGUUCGUCUCAUCCUGGAUUUCCAGGAACUAAUUUCUCCGGUAUACCCGGUAAUGGAUCAAAUCUUGAUGAAGAAGGUCGAAUGUCACCCUUGCAUCGUCCUCGAUCUCGAAGUUUAAGUUCGCCAAGUCGAUCUCCAGUAAUGGAUAAUGAAAUAGUUAUGAUGAAUACACUUUAUAAAGAACGAUUUCCAAAGGCUACACAACAGAUGGAAGAGCGUUUAACUAAUUUUAUUAACGAGAAUAAGGAGAUUGAUGAAUAUGAAGUUGUUUCACAAAUGACACCAGAUUCUUUACCAAUUUUGAGAUUUGUUCAUCAUCAGGUGAUUGAAAUGGCACGAGAUUGUUUACAGAAAGCUCAAGAGAAAUUGGUGACAACCAGAUACUUUUAUGAGAUGAGCGAAAAUCUAGAACACUUAUUAAUGGAGACUAAGGAAAAAUCUCUAGAAGCAGCUACACGAUUAACUGGAUUAAUAAAAAAGCUUCUCUUAAUAAUAUCCCGACCUGCUAGACUCUUGGAAUGCCUUGAAUUUGAUCCUGAAGAGUUUUAUCAUUUACUUGAACAGGCCGAAGGGCAAGCUAAAUUUAAUGCAGGAAUUAAGACUGAUAUUCCCCAAUACAUCAUUAAUAAAUUAUCUUUGAAUAGAGAUCCAAUUUCAGAAUUACAAGAAGAUUUGAACAAAUUAGAGGACUCAGCGAGUUCCAGUGAUAGUAAUUUACAAAUAACAUCUUCGAGUCCCAAUAAAGAAGAUGAUAUUAGAUCACAAAAAGUUCCAAGCGAAAGUGAUUAUGAAGUUUUAAAACAUAUCAGCAAUGGUGCUUAUGGCGCGGUUUAUUUGGUUAAAGAAAAAUCGUCAAAACAACGUUUUGCCAUGAAAAAGAUAAAUAAAAAUAAUCUCAUGUUGAGAAAUCAAGUAGAACAAGUUUUUGCUGAACGCGAUAUUAUGAGCUUUACGGACAACCCUUUUGUAGUUUCUAUGUAUUGCAGUUUCGAAACAAAGAAACAUUUGUGUUUAGUUAUGGAAUAUGUUGAGGGUGGGGAUUGUGCCAAUCUUUUAAAAAUUAUAGGCCCACUGCCUCCUGAUAUGGCCAGAUUUUACUUUGCGGAGACAGUUUUAGCUGUCGAGUACUUACACAGUUACGGUAUCGUUCACCGUGACUUGAAACCAGACAAUUUGCUCAUCACUGCUUUGGGUCAUAUUAAGCUCACAGAUUUUGGCCUUAGUAAAAUGGGUCUUAUGUCCUUGGCAACGAAUUUGUACGAGGGAUAUUUAGAUAGAGAUACUAGGCAGUUUUCCGAUAAGCAAGUGUUUGGUACGCCUGAGUAUAUUGCGCCAGAAGUAAUUUUACGUCAAGGAUAUGGAAAGCCUGUGGAUUGGUGGUCCAUGGGAAUUAUUCUCUAUGAAUUUCUUAUUGGUUGUGUACCAUUUUUUGGCGAAACGCCCGAAGAACUAUUUGCGCACACUGUCAAUGAUGACAUCGAAUGGCCUGCCGAGGAUGAUUGGUCAGUCCAACCGGAAGCAAAAGAUAUUAUCACUGUUUUAUUGCAACAAAGUCCUCGAGAUCGAUUAGGAACGGGUGGUUCUCACGAAGUUAAAGAUCAUCCAUACUUUUAUGGUGUCGAUUGGAAUAGUCUUCUACGACAGAAAGCCGAAUUUGUCCCUCAAUUAUUGAAUGACGAUGACACCAGUUAUUUUGAUUCUCGAGUUGAUCGUUAUAAUCACGAUAUUGGAGAGGACACAGACGACACUGAUGAUUCACCAUUGAUUGGUUCAUUUUCCUCUUAUUCGCCACAAUCGCGUAAAAUUUCUCAAACUCGGCCACCUCUUAAUAAUACUGAGUCUGAAUUAGAUUACACAAAGAAACAAUUAUUUUCCAAUGAAUUGGAACGAAUGAUGGCGCAAUUAUCGCCAAGUUCAUCGACAGUAUCAGUUUCGCCACCAUCGUCAAAACUUAUUGAUAAAAUACAAAAUCUCGAGAAAACACCGCCAUUAAAAAGCAGUCCUUUAGCGAAAUCCGAAAAGUCUGAUAAUUCAUUUACAAGCCCAGCUACAUUGACUGCUGGUGAUUCACAACAAUUAACUAUUGUUAAGAAUGAAGCAGCAGCGAGUGGAGCUGUUUGUCUCAGUACUCCGGAAUCAUCACAAACGGAAUCCGAUGACAUUAGUCCACAGAUCCAAAGAAAACGUCACAUACAUUCCCGGGAUAAGUUACCCAGGUUCAGUAUUUCCAUUCAUGGUGAUGAAAUAUUGGAUUUAGCAGCAGCUCAUAGAGCGUCAGCUGAGGAAAAGAAUAAUUCAAGCACUGAUUCCUUUGAAUCGUUUACACCACUGCCACUUUUACCAAGUGGAAAACCAAAAUCUCGUUCUGUGAUUAAAUCAGCUUCAACUAGUGGAUUGUCUUUGGUUAUUCCAACCACUGAUUUUUCAUAUGAAGCUUCAGGGACUAGUCAAGCAAUUGAAUCACCAGGUGGAUCAUCAACUGCCUCGUCUCGAGAUACAUCGCCUUGUCGGGAAUUAAGUCCCCUAGUAACGAGUUUAAAACCACCAACAAUAAUUCGAAGAGGUCCUGGUGGAUUUGGAUUUACUGUUCAUACAAUUAGAGUUUAUUAUGGCGAUAGUGACUUUUACACAAUGCAUCAUUUAGUCAUGGCAGUGGAUCAAUGUAGUCCUGCAUUUGAGGCUGGAUUAAGACCGGGUGAUUUGAUAACACACAUUAAUGGUGAACCAGUUCAGGGCCUUUAUCAUACUCAAGUAUUGCAAUUAAUGUUAAGUGGUGGUGAUCACAUAACAUUACGCAGUACACCACUUGAGAAUACAAGUAUUAAAACUGGUGGUAGAAAGCGUGAAUUGCAACAGAGUAAAAUGGCGCGUAAAACUUUACAUAAACAACGAAAGCAGAAACGCGAUCAUUCGGACAAGAAACGAAAAACAUCACUAUUCAGGAGAAUCAGCUCAAAACGUGCAAGCGUCGAAAUGCAACAGCCAUUAAGUAUCAGUUGUCCUUUGUCAGCACCCAUUCUACCCAGUGACAGCAAACCUCCACUUAUGAUGGCUGUUGGAAUGUGUUCACCAUCAAUGGUGUCAGCUAGUCGAUCAUUUCAAUCAUUCACACGAUCUCUUCCAGCUCAACAAGAUGCAUUUGUUUAUUAUGGUGGAUCAUCAAAGGCAACAUGUAAUCCGUCCUCAUCGACUAACCGUCCUAAUUCAGAAUCAUAUCAUUCUGCCGGUACAUCAAGUCCAUGUUCAAGUCCAAAUUCAUCGUCACCAGCGUCGAGUAGUUCCAUUGGAAAUAUGUCAAAUAUAUCAAAUCAAUCACAUUAUCAACGACCAAGUACAUUACAUGGUUUAAAGCAUAAACUUCAUACGGCUGCUAAAAAUAUUCAUUCGCCAAAUCGAAGAAAAUCCGUAGGACAUAUACCAUUAUCGCCAUUGGCAAGAACUCCUAGUCCAUCACCAAUUCCCGCUAGUCCGACUAGAAGUCCAAGUCCUUUGACAUUUCCCACUGGACAUCAGCCAGGCAGCUCUAAUACAACACAAUCUUAUAGUCCAGGGGUAUCAAUGUCAACGCCGAACAAUCAGAAAAAAAGUUUUAAUCGACCAAAAUCGGCAGAACCCGGUUCACCGCUUUUGAGACGUGCACUAAGUCCCGAUCGACUUCAUCCACGUUCAGCUGAGAAUAAAACUUCAAUUUCACCAUUAGCAAAUACUGUAGUUAAAGUUAAUCCUCGUGUUACUAUUGCGCAAACGUCCAAUACAAUAGAAACCACCGAAGACACGAGUGAUAUAAUAACAAAAGAAAGUAAUGAAUCAAAGACUGAUAAUAAAAAGGCCACGAAUGAGCAAAAAGUGACAGCCGAUUAUACUAAAUUAACUCAUGGAAUAUCGAUAAAUAUUGGUAAUGUUGUAAUGUCAAAUUCAUGUGGAAGUACACAACUUCCAAGAAUAGCUGAAGAAAAAGAUUCACCAACUGGUACGAAAAAUGAUGAUUAUACGACAAAAGAAAUUUACGAAAGUAAAGAUGAAACGUCAAUAAAUAAUAUUCAAGAUGAUAAUGAAAGUCAUCAACGAAAAUUGAUCAGUAAGGAAGAGUUGCCUGAUAAAGAGUCUGUAUCGAUUGAAAAGAAAAAUGAUGAUGGUAAUUCAACAACGAAACUUGAUAAAAAUAUCGCCUGUUCAUCAUCAUUAUCAUCAUCAUCAACUUUGUCUGGUACGUCAUCGUCAGUCUUUAAUAAAAAUAUUGUAGAAACGAGUCCAGAGUGUAGAAAAAUUUUAAAACGUUACAAAUUUGAAGGUUUAAGUUUUGGCCUCACUUCCCAUGAUAAAACGAAACAAGAUUCGGGAGAAAACAAGAAAAACAAAUAAGUUUGUAUUUUUCUUUUGCUUUCUUAAUUUUUUUUUUUUUAAUUUAAUAAUUAUUAUGUUUUGUCACUUUUAUUUAGGUGUCUGCGUAUUUACAGUUUCAACACAAAAUGAUUCGAUUUUGUUGAUAAUCUCUAGUCAAACAUUCAAGAAAAUGCUCUUUGUAUUAAAUGAAAUAGUACGAGAAUAAGGAAAUUGAAAUUUAAGUUAUUAAUAUUUCAAAAUUUCAAGUUAAUUUAAUUUCAUUGACGAAGUAAUAAAAAUAAAGUGUACAUUUUUAAUUAAAAACAAGUAUAUAUAUAUAUAAAUAGACAAAAAUGAAUUUUCAAUUGUCUUAUGUAAAUUUCAGUUUUUUUUUUUAAUUUUUCUCGUACAAAAACUAAUUAAACUUAUUUCAGCUUUUAUUUAAUUUCUCGAAGCAACAAAAUCUUUUUUACAAAAAUUAUGAAUAGAAUUUUUUUCUCAUAUUUAACAUUAAAUUCUACAAAAAAAUGAGAAAAUUGGUUUGUCAAAUUUUUAUUUAUUUUCUGUUUCUUUAAAGAAAAAUCAUUUUUGAAAUAAUUCAAGUUUUUUAUAUUUAAAUUUGAAUUUAAAUAUUUCCUUAAUCUAUUUCAAAUGUAUUUUUCUAAAGAAUCAAAAGAAUUUAAAUGGAAAUUUCCCCUAUUUCUUAAAUACUGUUUUUAUAGUUAUAAAUUAUUAUGUUAUAUUAAUCAUAAUGAUUUAUUAUAAUAAAUAUAUAAUUAUUAUUAUUAUACAAUAAUUUAUGUUUAUUAUAAUUUCAUUUUUCCUAAAAUUAAUAUCAUAUUUGUCAAAAAUUUGAAAUAUUUGCUGAAACAAGUUUAAUUAAUCUCUUUCAAAAAUAUGUGAACCAAGAUCUGUUAAUCCGGAAUAUAUUUUUAAAACAAUAAAAUUUUAAACAAUUAAAACGUGGACUGAUGCAGAAAAAGCUUUUAAUGCUUGAAUGAAAAACGAUGGAGAUUAUAAUUGAAAGAUUAAACGAUCCUUCGAAUUUUAUGAAACUGCUUUCAGUGCCAAUUUAUUGAUAUAUCUAUAUGUGCACGAUAAAUAAUACUAUAUAAUAACUGUCGAUGUAACAAUAAUAUUUCCAUAAGUUCCACGAAAAAAAAAAAAAAAAAAAAAAAAAAAAAAAAUUAAGUAGAUGUGUCUACGAAAUGUAUCAAAAAGUAGAAUUUCUACGCUGUAAAUAUGUAAAUGUUUUCAUUAAAUGCAUGUUACAGAAAAAUGUCAAUUUAAGAAAACUUAUCAAAAUUUAACAUUAUUACUUUUAAUAACAAGUUCCUAAAAAAUAAUUUUUAUCUCAAUAUAUUAUUUAUUAAAUAAUUUAAAUAGACAAAACAUUUUGCUGUUUUUUUCUCAAUAUGAAAAAACUUUGUAAAUUGAUAAGUUUUCAAAUAAAAUUGACCAUUAUUCUGUUAACAUGUAUUUUUAGAUGUAAGAUUCUUUCUUCCUUUAUUCAAUAUUGUACGGUUAACUUUAUAAUCAUAUGUCGUAUUUGAACAGUGGUGAGAAAGAAUAUUCAUUUAUGUGAUUCUUUAAUUUAGCAUGAUUUUAAAAAUACUUGUCUUUAAAUUUUGAAUGACAAAAAUUCUCUGAUUUAUAGAAAUUAAUUAAAUUUGUUUAAUUAGAAUCUGUCUUUUAAAAUUUAAGUGUUUUCUUUGCAUUUGUUAAUGCGCUGGUCGCUGUAUUCUUUAUUAGAGAAGUUGUUUUAUUAAAAAAAAAAAAAAAAAACAUAGUAAGAUAAGACAUUUUCUUAUUAUUAAAUUAAAAAGGAAUUCAAAAUUUCUGAGAUGCUUAAUAUUUUACUGUUAAAUCAAUUUCAAUUAAAAUUCAUUUGUUAUUAAAAAAAAAAAAAUACCGUUACUAUAAAUAUUUAAAUUGUCUGACUAAAUAUUUUCUUGUUUCAAUUAAUAAAAAUAAUUCCUUUUUUAAUUGUAAAAUAUUAGAUUAUGUUGACGUUUAAUUAUUUUAAACUAAGACACCACUGAAUUAAAUAGUGUUAAAAUUUAAUAUUUUUACAAUAAUAAUUAUUGUUAAAUAAUGAAAAAUUGUUGUAUAUAUAUAUAUAAUUUGAUUCGUUAUAUUAAGUAAUUUAUAAGUGAUAAUUUCUCUAAAAGAAUUUAAGCUGAGGAUUGGUACAUUAAAAAAAAAAAAAAUUGUUAAGUUUCUAAAUCAGAGAAAAUUUUUUUGUCAAUUGUUAUAUAAAUAUGAAUAAAUUGUUCAAAAUAUUAUUGUCAUUCAAGAAUUUAAGGAGUUAAAAUUUUGUAAACAGAAUAAAUUUAGUUCUGUUAACAUAAUUUAAAACUUAAGUACUCUUUCAUCGAUUAUAAUGAAGAGAAAAUAUAUAUUUAAAGUUCUCAA